AUGUCGUCUAUGUUGACUUUGAUAUUGCCAGCAGCAGCGGUCUUAGCACUGGCAUUAAUUAUUACCAACCCAUCCGCCAAGGCAGUUGCCCAGUUUGCCUGGAACUGCUUUUUAAAACCCAUUGGUCAUGUGGGUUCAGAUCAAAAAUCCGCUCUAGAGAGCUUUUACAAGGGUCAGGCUAAAAUUUAUGAUACUACCCGUAAGAAGCUUUUAAAAGGUCGUCACACAAUGCUUUCAUUGAGUGUGUCCCACUUGAAGAAAAGCAAAGAUAUUGUUUGGAUCGACUUUGGUGGUGGUACUGGUUGGAAUAUCGAAAAGAUGAACGAAGUAGUUCCAAUCACUUCCUUCAAGGAAAUUCACUUGGUCGAUUUAUCUCCUUCACUUUGUGAGGUUGCUCAAAACAGAUUCGCUGCUAGAGGUUGGUCUAAUGUUCAUGUUCAUUGCAUCGAUGCUACUACUUUCCAACUUCCCAAUAAGGAAACGCGUGCUGAUCUCAUCACCUUAUCAUACUCCUUAUCGAUGAUCCCUAGCUACUACUCCAUGAUCGACAGGAUCUGCCAAUUGGUUCAUAGCGACAGUAUUUUUGCAGUUGUUGAUUUCUAUGUUCAAUCCAACGCUACUCUCAAUGGAAAAGCCACAUCUGUUGGCGGUGUUCUUUUGAGACAUGUCAACUGGCUUUCCAGAACUUUCUGGCGUUUGUGGUUUGAGUUUGACAGAGUUUACCUCGAUUCUUCUCGUCGUGAUUACCUCGAAUACCGUUUUGGUACUAUCAAGAGUCUUAACAUGAGAAAUAAGUCUCUUGGUGGAAUCCCCUACUAUAUUUGGAUUGGAUGCGAUAAAGAUAGAUCCCAAGAUUUCAUGUACCGACUUAACGCUUUGGCUACCGAAUCUCCCUAUCUUGCUCCUUCUAAUGCCAGCUCAGAUGCUCUUGCCAAUCAAGAACAAAUUCAAAUUCGGUCCAAGGGUUAUGAGGCCACCGUCAUUAAUAUGGAGCACAAUUUGCCAUAUCCUUCAUUCUACUACCAAUCUGAGGUUUGGCGUAUUUACUACGACGCUGAGAACCCUCAUUACCAUCAAUUCAACAACCAAUACAUUUACGCAUUCACCUGGGAGGACCCUCGUGAAGACAUUAAUUUGUUGAAUCUCGGUCCUUCUGAUGUUGUUCUCGCUAUUACCUCUGCCGGUGACAACAUUCUUACCUACGCUGCUAUGGAGAAUCCUCCCAAGCGUAUCCACGGUGUCGAUCUCAAUCCUCACCAAAACCAUCUUAUGGAGCUCAAGUUAGCUUCUUUAAGAUGUCUACCAUUUGAAGACGUCUGGAAAAUCUUCGGUGAUGGUAAGCACGAAGAUUUCAUGAAGAUUCUAGUUACCAAGUUAUCACCCCAUCUCUCUUCACAUGCUUUACAAUUCUGGAUCAAGAAUGGCAAGAAAUAUUUGGACCCUAAAACAAAGGGACUUUACGACAGUGGAUCCACUCGUUGGGCUAUCCGCAUUGCCAGAUGGCUUUUCUUCGCCUUGGGUCUUGAGAGUGAUGUCAAGCGUCUUCUUAAAACUCAAACUAUCAAGGAACAGCUCAAGGUUUGGAACGAAUCUAUUAGACCUGCUCUUUUCAACCCUAUCUUCUGUAAAUUGAUCCUCGGAAACCCCGUUUUUCUUUGGAAAGCUCUUGGUGUCCCCGUUAACCAAGCAAAUAUGAUCGAAGGUGGUAUUUUGCAAUACAUUGUCGAUACUAUUGAUCCUCUUAUUUCAAGAAGUUUGAUCUCCGAUGACAAUUAUUUCUACCAUUUGUGUUUGACUGGCUCAUACUCUCCAAAGAACUGCCCAGACUACAUCACCAAAAAGGGCUACUUUAAUCUCGCCAAACGGAAGGGAGCCUUGGACACUAUUCGUCUUCACACUGAUACCAUUAAUGAUGUCAGUGAUAGAUUGGCCCCUGGAACUUUGACAGUUGCCAUAAUUAUGGACCAUAUGGACUGGUUUGAACCUACUGGAACGCUGGCCGUCGAGGAGAUUCAAGCCCUUAAUAAAUCAUUGGCCAAGGGAGGAAGAGUCAUGCUUAGAAGUUCUUCUAAGACCCCAUGGUACAUUAAGACUUUUGAAUCACAAGGUUUCUCUUGUAAAUCAGCUGCCACCAGAUUUUCUGGAACGAGUAUUGAUCGUGUUAACAUGUACGCUUCUACAUGGAUCUGUACUAAGUUGUACAACACUGCUGAGAAGGAAAGAUCUGGUUCUAUUAAACCCUUAGAGUUGUAG